GAGCGACGAGAGAUAUAUAGAAACUUACGGUGGAGGGCGGUGAUCUUUUCUCCAGUGACAUCACCGCUCAUCUCAUUCUUUCCUGGCUCCCUUUUUAUUAAAAUUGCGGCGGGGUUCUCUUUUUUCUUCCCGGCUUCCUCGGCAACACGUCUUCUCCGUCUCGCGCCUUUAAAGAAGAGGGGAAAGGAAGACCUUGCGCUUCUCCCAAGUGGCAAUUCGCUGGCUAGAAGUGCUGAGCUCUCCGCUGUCCUUGCUUAACGGUGUAUGUAUUGUCUUCCGUGUACUGCAAGACGAGCACGUGAAUAUAUAGGAUAGAGGAGUAGAUUGCGAGGCUUUGAUACCGUCUUUAGAAGAGAAAUGCUUCCUGCGGUGGAUCACGAGCAAUCCAAGCACCAGCAAAUGGGGUCUCUCAAGAACAUCGAUCUGUCGGUGAAGCUGGAAGAGCAAGACGAGGAGGAGGAUGAGAGCACUGACAAGGAAGAGAGCGUGGCGGUACCUUUGGAGAAGGAGGAGACCACCACUGCAACCACGAUCACGACUUCUGGGAACCACGAGCACGUCAAGGUAGCGAGAGAGCAAGAGUGUGACAGUCCUCACCAGAAGAGGGGGGUGGACGUUGCCGGGAGCCUGUUCCAGAGCUGGAUCGAUCGCAUGAAGCACACGGAGUUGAAGCCCAGCAUCCAGAAGUUGAGAAGGAGUGGCGAUGAUGGCCGGGUCUCGGCUCAGUGGCUCCUCAAGAGCAAGAAAGUUGUGAGUGACAAGUCAACCGUCGAGGACACUUCUCCCGCAUCAUCCCCAAAGAAUUCCUCCACUCACAGUGACAGGGAUCAUCUCGAGGUCCUCAAGGAGCAGCUCAAGUUGCGAAACGAUGAGAACGAGCAGCUCAAGUUGAUGCUGAAUCACGUCACUGCGGAGUACCAAAGCCUCCAGGUGCAGACCAUGGCGCUUCUCCAGCAACAGGAAGCAAAGCCCGACUUGACUGGGAAAAGGAAAGCCUCCGAGAUGCUCGAUGAGCAGGAUAAGAAGGAUGGAGUGACCGGGCUGCAUCCAAAUUCUCCUCCCCGGCACAAUUCCCCGGCCUCCAAAUCGGAAGAGAAAGAGUCUGCCGAGCGAGUGGACUGGCCCCCGAGCAAAGUUCUCAAGACCCUCCAUGAGAACUCAAGCACGACCACCGCUGCCGGCAAUAACACAGUGACGGAUCCCAUGGUCCGCAAAGCUCGAGUCUCAGUUCGAACGCGGUCAGAGAAUCCCACUAUGAACGAUGGCUGCCAAUGGAGAAAAUACGGCCAGAAGAUGGCCAAAGGAAAUCCAUGCCCGCGCGCUUACUACCGCUGCACCAUGUCACCCGGCUGUCCAGUUCGAAAACAGGUCCAGAGGUGUGCGGAAGACACAUCCAUACUCGUCACCACGUACGAAGGAACUCACAACCAUCCUCUCCCGCCGGCGGCCGCGGCGCUGGCCUCGACAACCUCGGCGGCGGCAAGCAUGCUCCUCUCGGGCUCCACCAUGAGCGACCCCCACGGCUUCAACGCUGCCGCGGCCGCCGCGAGCUACAUGGCCGGUCACCUGGGACCAACAAUCUCCGCCUCCACGCCCUUCCCAACCAUCACGCUCGACAUGACCAACAAUCCCAACCCCGCUACUCAGCUCAGCCUCCGUCUCGGAGGAGGCACUGCCGCCAGCAACGCCGCCUCCACCCCGCUCCUGUCACUCCCAGGAGCCAUGCUCCAAGCACCGUUCUUCCUCGGCCAGCAGUUCGGAGGGCUGGAGCAGCAACAGCAUCACCAGCAGCAACGCUUUCCCGGGAGCCAAAACGUGGACACUUCAGUCAGUGCCGCCACUGCAGCGUUGACCUCCGAUCCAAACUUCACCGCUGCUCUCGCCGCAGCCAUAACUUCCAUCCUCACAGGAAAGCAAGGCCAGCAGCAGCCUCAUCAGCCACCAUUUUCGCAGAUGACUUUGUCAGCUCCACUCUCACUUUCCACCUCGUCGGAGCAGCAACAGCAGCAGUAUCAUCAUCAUCACCAGCAGCAGCAGCAGCAGCAGCAGCAGCAGCAACACCAACAGCAGCACCACUACAGGGCCCCAACAUUCGCUGGCACCGAUUUAUCGUUGCAGCUUAGCACUACGAGCGCUCCCAGCGAGCCAGUCAAACCCAUUGUCCUGUAGAGAUCCACCCUGUAAACAGCGAAGUCAAUAUAAGCAUGAACGUUAGCUCAACGAAACGAGUAGAAAGGAAGAAAAAAACCAACCAUUUUUUUAAGGCUUUGACACGGGUCCAGAGAGAAGGCAGCCUCUCUCGUUCGGCCAAAAGGCACAAAAGCACACGCACACACUGGAAGAGAUAAGAAGCUGGCAAUGAAUAAAUAGAAUUUUUCCAGGUCGUCAAAGCAUACAAAUAGUAGCCGACCCAAACUCCCCUACUUUGGAAAAAAACGUUCCCCACUGGUUACAACAGAGUUGCAAG